GUACAGACAGUGAGCAGUAGCAGCGCCGCCACCAUUAGCAGGACAAGAGACAAUUACCGCGAUAACAGACGACGGCGACGCGAGCCAGCACCAACCACCCUUAAGUAACACGCGCGGCGCGGGGCGGGGCGUCGCGGUGCGGGAAGAGGAAGCAGCGGGUCGCGAUUAAGCAGGCGUGGGGGCGUAGUGGUGGAUCUCAUCUAACGCCGCCACUUGCCGCUACGUCUUCCCGAUCCCUCCCUCGCCCGCACCACACCUCCCUCCAUCACAGCGCAUCAUCUUUGUCUCUCUUGCUCAAUUCGCCCAACACCGCGCGCGCGCGCGCCUCGCUUCGGUCUCCGCGACGGCGGCCAAUGCCGGCGGCGCGAUGGACUUGGAGGAGCAGGAGGGGGAGGACGAGCUGUUCUACGAGUCUCUCGACCGCAUCCUCUCCUCCUCGGGCUCCUCCACCUCGGCCUCGGACGACGACGGCGCCGACAGCCCGCGCCGCCAGCCCCUCUGCUGCGAUGCGCCGCCGGCGGCCGCGGCGCUCGACCUGUGGACCUCCCAGCUGGCGCCCGUCCAGGAGCGGCGGCGACGGCUGCUCCAGCUGAUGGGGCUCGUCGGGGAUCCGCCCCUCGCCCGUUUCGAGACGGGACGAUCCGCCUCCUACGACGUCGUGGGCCCGCCGCCGGCCUCUCCUGUCUCGCGGUCCAGAUCGGGCGGGGCCGCGCAGGGCGCGGCCGCGAAACCGCCGCUCGGUGGCGGCCGUUUGCGAUCGUCGUCAUCCGACGCGUCGGCUGCCGCGCUAGAGGCGGUCGAGGAGGACCCCAGGUGCUUGAUCAGGAAUCUCGACGACGGCAGCGAGUUCGUGGUACGGGAGGAGUUAUGUCUCCGCGAGGUCGGCACGGGGCGGCAACUCAGCGUGGAGGAGUUCGAGCUCUUCAUCGGCCGCUCACCUAUCGUCCAGGAGCUUAUGCGGCGGCAAAAUUUCACCAACCCCAACUCAAACUCCAACUCCAAUUCCCAAAGUGGCGCCUCCACUCCCAUCGAGAGGUCCAGCUCCGGCUCCAGCAACGGCCGGGCGCGCUCUAAGCGGCGCAGCAGCUGGCUCCGCAACAUCCGCAGCGUUGUUGGCUCUAUGGUCACCCACUCUCGUGACCGCCGCAGCAGCGACGAGAAGGACACGUCCUCAGAGAAAGGCGGGCACCACUCCAGCUCUGCGACGGAUGACAGCCAGGAUAAUGUUCCACGCCACGGCCCGAGCCGUGUCAAGGUGCGGCAGUACGGGAAGUCAUAUAAGGAGCUCAGUGGCAUGUUUAUGACACAGGAGAUACAGGCGCACAGUGGCUCUAUUUGGGGCAUCAAGUUUACUCCUGAUGGACGUUACCUUGCCAGUGCCGGGGAGGAUUGUGUGAUCCAUGUUUGGGAGGUGGUGGAGUUCGAGAGGGUGGGGAAGGAGAGGGAGGCGGAGGAGAAUGAGGUGUGCAACUCGUUUGUUGCCAUGGUGUGUAAUGAGUCAUCAAAGCCAAUGGUGUCAUCAGCUGCUACAGUAGACAGCCAUUGGGAGAAGAAGCUUCGGGCAAAGGUGCUGCGCAAUGGGAGAUUGGUGAGUUCAGACAGGUUGAUGGUGCCCGGGUAUGUGUUUUCACUGUCCGAGAAGCCUGUGAUAACCUUUACAGGGCAUUCAGAGGAUGUGCUUGACCUCUGCUGGUCCAAAUCUCAGUACUUGCUUUCAUCAUCAAUGGAUAAAACAGUACGGUUGUGGCACAUGUCAAGCACUUAUUGUUUGAAAAUCUUCUCCCACAGUGACUACGUGACUUGCAUCCAGUUCAAUCCUGUUGAUGACAGAUACUUCAUUAGUGGUUCCCUGGAUGAAAAGGUUCGUAUCUGGAGUAUUCCAAAGCGCGAAAUUGUUGAUUGGGUUGAUCUACAUGAAAUGGUUACUGCUGCCUGCUAUACCCCCGAUGGAAAGGGUGCGUUGAUUGGCUCCCACAAGGGCAGUUGUCAUCUGUAUGAUACAUCUGAUGAUAUGCUUUGCUACAAAAAACAAAUUGAUCUGCAAAAUAAGAAAAGGAAAUCCAGCCAGAAGAAAAUCACAGGAUUUCAGUUUGUCCCAGGGAGUUCUUCAAAGGUCAUUAUCACAUCUGCAGAUUCACGGAUCCGAGUUCUUGAUGGGUUUGAACUAGUUCACAGGUUUAAAGGGUUCAGAAACACCAGCAGCCAAAUUUCAGCUUGUUUAGCUGGAAAUGGGAGAUAUAUUAUCUCGGCAAGUGAGGAUUCCCAUGUAUAUAUCUGGAGAAAUAAUGAUGAUUCCGAACCAAGUAGAAAGAAGGGUGUCGUUUGUCUCACAAAUACCAAUGAACACUUCCACUGCGAGAGUGUGACAGUUGCUGUUACCUGGCCUUUUACCACCACCACAAUGACUUCUAGAAUGAACUCCAGGAAUCAAGAGGAGCUGGAUCGUGGGUCUGAGAAUGACCAUGUACAGCAAUCUAAACCUGCUAAAGGACAGGAAAUGUCAGAUGUUCAGCACCAGAGCAACAUCACAGCUAACAAUUCGAAUCAUAAUGGUGAUAGGACAUCUGCGACUUGGCCUGAAGAACCCAUGACACCAGCAAAACAGAGUCACAAGUCUAAUAUCUGCCUUCCCAACGAGGGAGAUCAAGCUCCGAGUCGGUCAGCCUGGGGCUUAGUAAUUGUGACAGCAGGCCGUGGAGGUCAAAUCAGAACAUUUCAAAACUUCGGUUUUCCUGUUAAAGUAUAGCAUCAAUCUGGAUAUGUAUGAUAGUCAUUGUCAUGCAGAACUGUAGUUUGUGUAUAGAUAGGAGAUAGUGGGUGAGUGCACAGCAAUCAGGGAUUGGAUUUGAUUGCUCCUUGGUGCGCCUGCUAGAGAUCAGAAUCUUCAACUUACAUACACUGCCAGCACUCCGGACCUUGGUCUGCCAGAUUCAUUUAAAUUGUACAUGGGAAGGCCCGACAAAGAGCAACGCCAUCGGCUGAUUGACAUCUUUCAUCCAUCAGCUUCAACCUCGUUCCACUGCCCCCCAUAUUCUUUCCCCUUUAAUUCCGUUUGAUUACAUAUUCUUGUAAGAAAUAUCAGCAAGAAAAAAGUAAGGAAAAAAAGUGUUACA